CACGCCCUAAAUGCACUAUUGCGCCAUGCGCUUUAGACCGUGCGCUUAGAUCGUUAAAAUACACCUGAUUAGGUAAAACCUUUUUCUGCUUUCAAAUGCCGUUGUCCUUUGCUUUUGUUGUGAUGCCAAGGCUCGCUAGGGUAAUUGUGUUCUUGUUUGAAUAACUUUAAAUGAACAAGAGUAGUUUGCAUGCUGCCAGGCAGGUUUGUGCUUUUUGCAUAUACUGUCUAUCAUGGGCUAUACUUUUCCAAUCAUGGGAAUUAGUGCACUGUGAUCUCUGGUCUUUGCAUUUCUGUUUUCGCUGUAAGUUUCUCUGGAUAUGAGUGUUAUGACUCUGGGUCAUUUAUUUGUUCUGUUCUGUAUUAACAGCUCUAUCUCCUUCCCAGUGGGUGCAUUCAGUGUGUGGGUGUGUGUGUGUGUGUAAUGAGCUGCAGGUGGGGCUCUCUGAUUGGAUUAGGUGACCGGAUUGCUGUUGGCUGAUUGGGUAAUGCGGAGGGUUUAAAUUCCAGCUGACGCCAGCCUCCCCUCCACGCUCUGUUCCAUUUCCCAAAGAAGGCCGUUCUGCUGGAGUUUAGAGUUGUGUGUGUUAGCUGAGAACUUUCGUGAUUAGCAAUCGUGUGUUUGAACUAAGAGAUAGUUGCAAAGCAUGUUAUGUGACUUUUGAAACUCUAUUAACUCUUCUGUACUUAGAAUUAGGAAUCAAUUGUACAUCUGCUAAAUACCUGUAAUGUGAUGUAAAAGUCCAGCAAGAUUCUCCUCUACAGUUCCACAAACAACUGUGUGCUUUUAGGAAUUUCUAACCAGGCAAGAUAAUUAUGUAGUUCAUAAUAAUUCACAUUAUUUUCUAAUUGUACGGUUAGGGCCACAUUCUUGGAUGCAUUUGUGUUUCAAUGCAAAUAGCCUGCUCCUCCUAACAGCAAAUUGUGGCUGCAACACAAUGUAUAGAACAUGCAGAGACGGUGAAGAGGUUUAGUCAACCAAACAGGUUAAACUGAUCAGCUGGUUUUGACAUUCUCGAGAGAUCCCAAUGCAACUCGAGAGAGCUGAGCUGUAAAGUCUGCAUCUGCAGGGGUUACACUCAAGGUCAAGGUCGAGGUGGAAAAAUGUGAAAUUAUAUUCUGAGAUCGUGUCCCAGGCCAAGAAAGCAUAACGACCCAGGAGAGAAGAAAGGAACCCAGAGCCGUGGUUGAGCGACAUGAAUUUACAGGGAAGUCUUAGGGGCCCUUUGGUCCCGGGUCUGCAAGCCCAGAGAGAGGAGAUCAAGAACAACAACAAGCAUGCUCUGUUUCCACCCGAGGGGGACGCCAAUGCCAAUGAGAUCCGGCUGGAGGACGGGGGCCUUACAGGCGAUGCGGGCGCCCUGCCCCCCCUGGUGUCCCAGAGCGAAGAACAGGACAAGGUGAUAAUAUGGGGAACGGACUCCCCGUGCGAAGACCUGGACCUGGAGGAGUUUGAGCUGCUGGAGUGCCAGGAGCUGGAGGCCUACCUUGCCGAGGAACAGCAGGCCUACAAGCAAGGGAGGGAGGGUGGCAUGGUAAUGAGGAAAGGGCUUCCGCCCUUACCCUUUGACCAAACCCGGCCUGCCUCCUGCAUGUCCACUCUGUCAAAGAUGACAGAAGACAAAGACAAUGGCCAGAGCACUGGAGAUGAGAGGACCACAAGGCGAGAGGGGCGGGGCCCAGAAGACACUGUCUCCUAUUCUCUGGGAGGCCAUGAGAGGGCAAGGGCUCAGUUCAGAUCGGAAAACAACAUCUUUGUGUCCUGCCUCUCCACAGUGUCCAGUCUCAGAGGCAGCUUAGGCAAUGCCCUAGACAAUGCCGGGCAAGCCGACUACUGGCAGAUUUCCUCCGACCCUCAUGGAAACAUUCCUGAAGACCUCACCUCAGCUACCUCAGCGAAGAGCGGAAGGGGCGUGGACCUGAACCAGAACUCUACCGCUCUGCCUCAGGAACUCCACCCGCAAGCACAACCGGAGCAGGGAGCAAGUCACAAGGGCCUGCCCCAAGGGGGCAUCAGGAUCCUGACCAACGGCUCGGGGAGAGAUCAAGGGAAGAGCGUGGAUCCUAGAGGGGAGGGCCACGGCUGCCAACAGGCUGUCGCCCUGAGGAGAGAGAGAGAGCAGAACGGGUCCAAGGAAGCAAAAGAGCACGGGAAUGGCGUGCACACAGAGCCACUGAUGGACUUCGGAGCCAGAGCGUGUCCCCACGAUCAGCAGGCCGAGAGCAGCCAGGGCCAACCCACAGCACAUCGUGCAGCUGAGGUCCAGUCCCAGCGCUGGACGUGCCCCUCCCUGGAGGCUGCCUACAAAGCAAGUCAGAAGAUGUACGGCAGGCCCUCCCAAAAUGUGCUGGCUUCUGAGCUCCUCCCACCGAGCGCAGGCCCAGGGGCAACACCUUUCCCUGCGGUGGUCACGGAGUCGAAAGGACUUCUAAAGCAGGGCUCCGUGGAGCGCAACCGAGACCGGUCUGCAAGCCCGUCCAGCCUGGAGAGGAAGGCCCAGCUGACGAGAAAGCCCUGGGGCAGCCCCACUCGCCCAUCGACCCCAGUAUCCCCCAAGAGAACGGGGUCUCCGCAGAAGAGGCCCCCGACAGCCAUGGCUAAGGCGGCCGGCGCACGGACCCCCCAGAAGGAAAACGGGGGUGACCCGAGAGCCCCCGGACAGACGUACAUAAGCAGUGGGAUCCCCAAGCCCCUCCUCCAGCACCUGUCCAGGGCGGCGGAGAGGGCGGAGCAAGAGGGCAAGAGCGAGAAGUCCUCCCCGCCCAAAUGUCCCCCGAAGCCCAAGAACGUGCGCCCCAAAAUCAUCACCUACAUCCGUAAGAGCCCUCAGGUGAAACCCCAGGCAGCGGGUAGCCCUUAUGAAGCCUCCACCCUUCCGCCCAGGUUGUCCUACUCCAGCCCGCCGACAGCUAAGGACCCAAAAGCAGGCGGGGACCCCAAGGCCCUGCCGGUGCUCAGUGCGUCCAACUUGCUUUAUGAUAAGUAUCGGCAGGAGAUGCAGAGGGCGCGCCUCCUCUCCUCUGGCCUGGCGGCAUCCGGCAUAAAGCCACCCAGCCAUACCGUCCCACAUAAGAUGACCGGAAAAUCAGAUGGCACCUGUGGAGGGUUGGCUGAGAAGUACCAGAUGCCCAGAGGGGGCACCAGCCUUGGAGGUCCUGGGCGUGGGGACCCUUUGGCCUCCCAGUUAGGACCCGAUGCCGCCACCAGCCUCUUUCAGGCCCCCAGGGUCCUGAGGCCACAGUUGGGUGUGGGUGCUGUCAGCAGACAGCCCUUCAACAAGAACCGGAUGUUCCUUGCGAGUCAAAGACCAGCUCUGGCCCCCAGCCAACCAGUGCAGGCAGUCAGCCCCUCUGCCCACUACUACCAGGAGCCCUCAGGAGAUCAGAGGAAGCCAGCACCUGCAUUGGCCCCAAAAUCCUUCCUCCCGAAACCGGGACAGUCCGGCCUGCGGCCCCCCGGCUACUCCCGCCUGCCUGCCGCCCGCCUGGCCGCUUUCGGGUUCGUCCGCAGCGGCAGCGUGUCCUCCGUGUCCAGUAACCAGUCCAGCGACAGCACCCGCAGUGACCCCUGCCGCCCCAUGUACCGCCCCAGCAGUGUGAGCGACGACCCGCCCCUCCACAGGGUGACCACGCUGUCCGGUGGCGAGGCCCCCCGGGCCCCGAGCCGCAGCAGCCCCCUGCCCCCCAACGCCCCCGCCCCGACUCGCCGCUCCCUGAUGCUCCCGGCGCGCGGCUCCCCCGUCGCCUCCAGGAAGGAGAUACAGAAGGACGUGGAGGUUGUCCGGCCUGUGGUCUCCUCCCCAAAGAAGUGUGCAGUGGUGUCACCCAAACCCCAGUCCCCAGUGCACGCGCGGCAGAAGCCAGCGGCGGGGCGGGGCGCCGGCGUGGCGGGCGGGCCCCAGGGCGCGGGGGGCGCGGAGCGCCUGGCGGUGCAGUGCCUGCAGGACCGCUGUGAGCAGCAGGCCAAGCAGCUGCUGCGUCUGCAGGCCGAGCUGAGGAGGGCCGCCCUCGGCCUGGAGGUCUUCGCCGUCAGCACCCAGCACUUCAGCCGCAAGACUGAAGGCUCUGCUAUGAAGGAGAGGGAGCUGUCCCUGGAGCUCUCCAAAAUCAGGGAUGAAGUGGCCUUCAGCGCUGCCCGCUGGGAGCGCCUGCAGCGGGAGAAGGAGGAGCUGGAGCGCAGCUUCGAGAGGGAGCUGCAGGAGCUGCAGGUGCAGCAGGAGGCGGAGCUAGGGGCCCUGGAGGAGGGGCUGAGGGCCCGGCACAGGGCCGAGUCGGACCGCCUGCAGGCCGAGCACCAGGCGGAGAUGGACCAGCUGCGCUCACAGCAACAGGAGCAGAUUGAAGAGAUGACCAUCGGCCACGAGGCGGCUGUGGAGGAGAUGCAGAACACUCACAGCGUGACCAUGGCAACGCUGCAGGAGGACCAUGCGACCACUGUGCAAGAGCUGAGACAGGCCCACAAAGACCAGAGGAAAGCCCUGGAGGAGGACUUUGAGAAGCUGAGGCUCUCCCUCCAGGACCAAGUGGACACCCUGACCAUCCAGAACCGCGGCCUGAGAGACCGGGCCGAUCGCUUCGAGGAGGCGCUGAGGAAGAGUGCGGAUGAACAGAUUGGGGACGCUCUGGCCCCUUAUCAGCACAUCCAGGAGGAUCUGAAGAGCUUGAAAGAGGUUUUAGAGAUGAAAAACCAGCAGAUCCACGAGCAAGAGAAGACUAUUUCUCAGCUGCAGAAGAUGCAGGCUCAAAAGAACGUCUUUCUGGAGGAACGGGUCCAAGUGCUGCAGCAGCAGAACGAGGACCUGAGAGCCAGGAUUGACAAGAACCUCACUCUGACCAGGCAGCUCUCCGAGGAGAACGCCAACCUGCAGGAGCACGUGGAGAAGGAGAGCAGCGAGAAGAAGCGCCUCAGCCGCAACAACGAGGAGCUGCUGUGGCGCCUGCAGACGGGCGAGCUGAGCCCCCGCAUGUCCCCGUGCUCCUCGCCCCUCCACCGGGCGUCGCCCGGACCCGCCUCGCCCUCCCGGGUACAGCCCUUCCCGCAGUGAGCUGCCGAAACGGCCGGUCUGACCCCCCCCCUCCCCCCCCGCUCCCUCUACCUCACCCUGUCUCUUUACUCUCACUCGGAGACAAACUGCUUCUUGUCCAGGCCUCUUUUCUGCCUGGUAGAUCUAGUAGAACUCCUGUGGAAAGGCCUGGUGCUGAAUGUGAGAGCCAACAUACCCGGACCUGUCCACUGGUUUUGUGAUGGACUGUAAAUCUACACAUCAUUACUCAACUAAAACAAUAACUUUAAAGGAGGAAGGAGGAACCUUGAAGAAGAAGAAAGUUGGAAAACGUCUACCCUCCUUUUUUUUGUCAUCUUACAUCACAUCAAAGACAUGUGACUAUGUUGGUUGUGUAAUUUAAACAGUUUGUACCCUUCUUAGAGCCUCACUUGUGCUAAAGAGUGAUGCUCCUGUGGGACGGCAGCCCUUGGGGUGUGCAAGGCCAGCUCAGCUGCUCCCCCAACUGGAGCGAAAAGCCUGUCCCACAGGAAUGAUCACCUGCUAGCCUGGGAUUAUGAGCUAUACAAAUGGAAGGUCCUUUGAAACCACCGCUAUACCUUUUCUAAGACGGAACCUAUAGUGGCCUGCCCAGGGGACCCUGAUCUUUUCACCAGCAGUUUUACCCUGACCAGCCUUGCCUACUGUAUGACUCUGUCCCCCCAGCUCCUUUGACCUGGUGCAGGGGGCUAACAGCAAAGCUUCGCUAGCUUUUAGCCGGCCAGCUCGACCUGGGAGAAUGUUGGCCCUGAAUAGUUUUCCCCUGUUCAUUAUCCUGUACAGAAAUUUUUCAUUGGCCAUGAACUGGGACAGUUUUUCCUCAACUGUCUUUAUCCAUGAUAGCUCUUUUCCUUGGCCAGCUAGCUCUGUGUUAGGUCAUUUACUCAUAUAAUCUGGGACACUUCUUUCUCCUGCUGACCUUUCACCUGAGACAGUUUUUUCUUCUUCGGUCAACUUGGCCUGGGGCAGAUUUUCUCCCUGGUCAGAUUAUACAGGGACAGUGAAAACCUCAUGAGUUUUACAGAGCCUGGUCCUUUGCUCAUUGUGUCCCUGAGUUCCACACUGGCUGCCUUGACUCCGUUGAAGACCAUUCCUUUUCUGAAAAGGUUGUUUUUACUCAAGGAACAAACCAAUGAUACCAAUGACCAGGGGCUGUUUGUAAAGACGAUGUAACUAUGAGAUGAGAUUGCCAUUUGUUUUUCAUGACAUUUGUAUGUUAUUAAACAUUUUACUAUGUGAAGCAUGUACUGCAAGUCUUCCAGUUGUUACGAGUUACCUCGAAUCAUUGUGAUUUCCAUCUUAAGGAUUUGGAAAGGGGAAACCCCCACCUCCACCCCCCCCACCCCCUGACCAUGAUGCGCAGGGGGAGUCCCCUGGAAAAAGUGUCUAGGAAGCUACUCCUAAAAAUAGAAUGGAGAGGCUGACAUGUGUAUCAAUUAAGAUUUAUAUCAUUAGGUAGUUCAGAUUGGACUCAGACUAAUUCCCAUUUGGGUGUAGUACCUAGAGAAAACGGUGUUUCAUGGAAUUGUUUAAAGUAUAAAAGUUUAGUAGAGAAAGAAGACUUUUCUAAAAGAUUUGAAGUGUCACUACUGUAUUGUUCAGGGACUUUUCUCUAUCUUGUCAACUCAAGCCCAUGCUUACUGUAUCUAGUUCUAAUUUCUAUAUGAUAAAAUGUGUACGGGAUAUCGAGAGAUUUGUGAUUACUGAAAUAUUUACAAAUGACAUUUUCAACCCUCAUUAUAGACCUGUUGAAAAAAAUGUAUACUGUAUACUUUCUCCUGCUGUAGCACCAGAGUUAACAAUUGUCUCAAAGGUUUAUAAGCUGUGAAUGAAAUACCUGCUCGUUGUAUUGUUGUACUACUCUUGAUUCAUUGAAUUUUGACAAGUCUGUGUACUGGUUAGUAUCGGUAUUGGAAAAAAAUCCACAAGAUCAGUUUGAGUAACAACAAUCGCAAGUCUGGUGGUUUGACCUGACAACUGCUGCCACGAUACAAUGCUCACAACUCAGCAGGCUGCCUUAAUCCAUGAAGAAUCCAUAUAAUACUGUUGAUAAUUGUUUAGCAAUGCUUCCUACUGCACCAGUGUUAUUCUACGCCAGUACAUAUGCUAUACAGGGAAUUUCACAAGCAAAUGGCUAUAUUAAUAUGAGUUUAUUUAUUGUGAAAACCUUCUGUUUCAGUGAAACAUUGUUACUGUAUGUGUUUCCUGGACUUUGAUGUUCGUUUUAACAGACUUUGAAAAUAUUUUUACAUUUCAUUUCUCUCAUUCUUGUUUGUCUUUAGCCUGAAAACUGCAAAAAAAUAAUUUUCUCAACAUAAAGUAAUGUUUAUCAUAUAAUUUAGCCUGAAAUACCAGAAUAACAUUUUUGUGAUUUCUUUCCAUAUGAAAUAUGGAGCAAAAGAUGGAUGCUUUUAUGAAUGAUCUUUUUAUAAGUCAAAUUCUCUUGAAGAGAGAUUUUCUGAUAUCUCAUUAUUGUUAAACUUUUUUUAUUAUGAUAUUUAUUCUUAUUUUAAAGAAAAUUGUUAUUUUUUGCAGUGUUUAUCAAAUCCAGAUUUUCUCUUUGUGAUUCUACUGGUGAAGUUAUGUGAAUAAUGCACUUGAACGACUUUAUUUCACCUCCCUAUUAGGCAAUAUUGGAUGAAGGUCAAGUAGCAUAAAUAGAACUACUUUUUCAAACAAAAACUUACACUGUGUUAGAUGACUUUGCUGGAUGUAUUAUAACAACCAGUGGCCUCAGGCAGGUUUCAGGGAAGGAAGUUGAGUGAAUCAAAUUAGAGGACAACUGCUGCUUUCCAUAGCGAGCUAUUGUUAGGGAAAUGUUAGACCUUCAGCCAAUGUGUAAUCUAUUGAAACCAAACCCACCUCACUUUCUAUUACAGGACUCAAUCACAAAAACUGAAAAAAGUGACUAUUUCUUUGCAUGUUAAACAAGCACUUACAACAGUGCACUGAAAACAGCACAGUUGCUGAAAACCAUUUUGCGUAAAUAUAAUAUUUUUCUGUAUUCUCUGGUUUAAGGAAGGUAACAAAACAUAGAUAUGUUUAAAUACUCAAUAUCAGGUACUCGAUUGCCACUGACAGCUCUGUGUCCUGUGGACAUUACUAUAAACCCAAUGAUCAAGUGUCUGCUCUCCUCACUUGAAUUAAUUGUCCAGUUUGCUGUAAAUGAUUAUUUUAAAUGGGGGUAGAGGCAUUUACAAACAAUUCUAUUGUAAAUACGUUUUGUUGUUUUUCUGACUUUGAUUGUACACUUGACUGUAUUUGUUCCACAGCACACAUAAACAUAAAAGCAUGUCUGUUGUA